AUGUCACUCUCCCAGCAAUUCCGCAAAAUCACGUCUGCACUGGCGGCCGAGGCUUCGGCAUAUUUGGAUAAACAUAACGGGAACCUUAAUGCUGCCGUGGAUGCAUACUAUGCUAGCGUCCCAUCGGAAGCACUUAAGGAGCUUUGGGAGCGCUAUCACGACGCGAAUGACCAAGAGUCCAUUUUGAUCGAUGGCACGUUACAGUAUUUGGCAGACUUGGGGCUUGCGCCAGAAGAUCUGCGAUGCUUGACCCUUGCAUUCUUGUUGCGGUCGCCCCAGACAGGUGAGUUUUCGCGCGACGAUUUUUUCUCUGUGUGGGGCGCCAACGGCAUAGACUCUUUGAAGGGUAUGCGGUCGUACAUCGACAAACAGCACUACGAGCUCCGCGCAAAUCGCAACCGCUUCGAACAAUUCUACCGUUACGUUUUUGAUUUUGUGCGCGGGCGCGGCGCCGGGAAAACGCUUCCUGCGCCUGAUGCUGCGGCAUAUUGGCAUCUUCUUUUUAUUGAUUCCAUGGCUUCGAACGAACAUCAGGAUGAGGUUUUGGUGAAGCGAGUGGAACAAUGGUGCGAGUUUGUUGAAAACGCUGCUCGCCCGGUUACUAGAGACACGUGGAAUAUGUGGUUGCGUUUCUACUACGAGGUGAUGGAGCCCGCGCCCAAGACCCUUGCGGCUUACAACGAGAUGGACGCAUGGCCAAGCUUGGUAGACGAAUACGUUGAUUGGUUGCGCGAGAGCGCUCAGCUAUAA